CCUUCCCUCGCCCCCAGCCUAGGAGCUUCAAGCUCCUCAGGCCGAGGGACGCCAGCCCAGCCUUCAGCCCCGCCCCCUCUGGCUGCCCGCGCACUUUGCCUGAUUUAUAAUUCUUCUGCACCCUCCCUGCCGCUGUUUUUAGGCUCCCAUUCUUACCAAUUUUGCUCUCUUGAACUGGUCAGAUGUUCAGAGGACAAAGGCGUUCAGCGGUGUGAGAGAGACGGCGGACGAGCCAUUGGGCACUUUCUAGGGCACUUCCGAACCGUCGCUUGGCCACUAGGACCCACGAAGGACCCGGAGUCUGCGGUUGCCUAGAUACGGCCGCUCGCUGCCCGCCUCACCCCGCCUCCGGCUCGCGGCCGCCGGCUUCGCGAGAGCGUUUCCGGUUCCGGAAGUGGGCUGGCGAGGACAUGGCGGUGUCAGCGUCGGCCGCUGCAGGGGAGGAGGACUGGGUCCUUCCCUCAGAAGUCGAGGUCUUGGAGUCUAUCUAUCUGGAUGAACUACAGGUGGUUAAAGGAAACAACAGAUCCUCACCAUGGGAGAUCUACAUCACUCUGCACCCUGCCACUGCAGAGGACCAGGAUUCACAGUAUGUCUGCUUCACUCUGGUGCUUCAGGUCCCAACACAGUAUCCCCAUGAGGUGCCACAGAUCUCUAUCCGUAACCCCCGAGGACUCUCAGAUGAACAGAUCCACAAGAUCUCACAGGCGCUGAGCCGUGUGGCCAAUGAUGGGCUGGGGGCAGCUAUGCUUUAUGAACUCAUUGAGAAAGGGAAGGAAAUUCUCACAGAUAACAACAUCCCCCAUGGCCAGUGUGUCAUCUGCCUCUAUGGUUUCCAGGAGAAGGAGGCCUUUACCAAAACACCCUGUUACCACUACUUCCACUGCCACUGCCUGGCUCGGUACAUCCAGCACAUGGAGCAGGAGCUAAAGGCUCAAGGACAGGAGCAGGAGCGGCAGCACGCCGCAACGAAACAGAAGGCAGUUGGUGUGCAGUGUCCAGUGUGCAGAGAGCCCCUCGUGUACGAUCUUGCAUCACUGAAAGCAGCCCCUGAACCCCAACAGCCCAUGGAGCUGUACCAGCCUAACGCAGAGAGUUUGCGCCAACAGGAAGAGCGCAAGCGGCUCUACCAGAGGCAGCAGGAGAGGGGGGGCAUCAUUGACCUUGAGGCUGAGCGUAACCGGUACUUCAUCAGCCUCCAGCAGCCUCCUGCGCCUUUGGAAACUGAGUCAGCUGUAGAUGCCUCCAGAGGAUCCCACCCACCCAGUGCUCUUGCCACAGAACCACGGUCCACCUCAUCCACUGCCCAACCCACCCUGCCAGCACCUCUGCCUGCAGUCUCCCAGUUCACGUGUGAGAAGAUUCCAGGGACUGGGUCAAAUCAGCAAAGGUUGGGCGAUAACCAGAAAACUACACUAGAUCCCCCCCGGGCCAGCCGAGGCCCCUGGAGACCGCAGGAACGGAGGCACCUAAAGGGAGGGGAGUGCAAUGCCCCCAAAGGCACCAGUGACAUGCAGGAACUGCCACCUCCUGAGGGGCCCUUCAAGGAGCCCAUGGACCUAAAGCCAGAACCCCAAAACCAAGUGGUUGAAGGUCCUCCCCAAGAGAAGGGGCCUGGCGACUGGCAGGGUCCUCCACCCCGCAGGACUCGGGACUGUGCCCGCUGGGAGCGCUCCAAGGGUCGGACAUCAGGUACUUCCUACCCCCGCCUGCCUCGGGGUCGGGGAGCCUAUCGACCUGGCACUCGGAGGGAUCCCCUAAACCUGGAAUCUGAGGAUGGUUCCUAGCAGUACUAUGGGGGGACAGGGAAUUUGGGGUGGGAGGGGGACAAUAAAGAGAUUUGGCCUU